GCUUUCACGCUUCCGUCCUGACGCAAACGUGCGGCCGGCUUCCGCACUGCGGGCCUGUCCUUGGCCCUGCCCUAGUCAGUUUCCUGAGGCAUGCGCAGUUGCCUAUCCGUACAUUCCUGCGCUGGGCGUACGUCAAGAUGGCGACGUCCGUAUUAUACACCCUGCUGAGGCGGCUUCCUAUGCUUUCUCUCUUCCGAGGUGCCCACAGAGUUCAGGUUCCCCUCCAGACGCUUUGCACCAAAGCUCCUUCUGAGGAAAAGUCUUUGCCCCCGGUUCCCGUUUCUCCUUAUGAGAAUGAGCCCUGGAAAUAUCUGGAAUCAGAAGAAUACCAGGAGCGAUAUGGUUCUCGCCCCGUCUGGGCUGACUACCGCCGCAACCACAAAGGUGGUGUACCCCCACAGCGUACUCGGAAAACGUGUAUUCGUAGGAAUAAAGUUGCUGGGAAUCCGUGCCCCAUCUGCCGAGAUCACAAGUUGCAUGUUGACUUUAGGAACGUGAAGCUCUUGGAACAGUUUGUCUGCGCCCAUACGGGUAUCAUCUUCCAUGCUCCAUACACAGGAGUCUGUGUGAGGCAGCACAAGAGGUUGACCCAGGCCAUCCAGAAAGCCAGGGAUCUUGGUCUGCUCAGUUACCACAUCCCCCAGGUUGAACCCCGGGACCUUGACUUCAGUACCUCUCAUGGGGCUGUGAGUGCUACUCCGCCAGCCCCCACCCUAAUCUCAGGCGAGCCCUGGUACCCAUGGUACGACUGGAAACAGCCACCAGAGAGAGAACUGUCUCGCCUUCGCCGACUCUACCAGGGUCAUCUCCGAGAAGAGAGUGGCCCCCCACCUGAGUCAAUGCCCAAGGUGCCCCCUACAGCACCAGCAGAAGAAGAGAGUGGCCCCCCACCUGAGUCAAUGCCCAAGGUGCCCCCUACAGCACCAGCAGAAGCCUCUUCCACUGGGCAGACAGGCCCCUAGAAUGCUCUGUAGGAGCCAUAGACUGGGAAGAGAGGCCUGGCAUGGUGGCUCAUGCCUGUAAUUCCAGCACUUUGGGAAGCCAAG